GCUUGCGCACUGAAGUAGCGCUUGGUGGUUGUGGCACCGCCUGCGGGUGUGUGAAGGAAGACUGUAAGUGUGGAGGACAUUGCGCCCUCGGCGACUCACCACCAUGAGCGGCACGUUAGCUAAGAUUGCGGAGAUCGAAGCCGAGAUGGCUCGGACUCAAAAGAACAAGGCCACUGCACACCACCUAGGGCUGCUUAAGGCUCGCCUUGCUAAGCUUCGCAGAGAACUCAUUACUCCAAAAGGUGGUGGUGGUGGUGGGCCAGGAGAAGGUUUUGAUGUGGCCAAAACAGGUGAUGCUCGAAUUGGGUUUGUGGGCUUUCCAUCUGUGGGGAAGUCAACACUGCUCAGUAACCUGGCAGGAGUAUAUUCUGAGGUGGCAGCCUAUGAGUUCACUACUCUGACCACUGUGCCUGGUGUCAUCAGAUACAAAGGUGCCAAGAUCCAGCUCCUGGAUCUCCCAGGUAUCAUUGAGGGUGCCAAGGAUGGGAAAGGUAGAGGCCGUCAAGUCAUUGCAGUGGCCCGAACGUGUAACUUGAUCCUGAUUGUUCUGGAUGUCCUGAAGCCAUUGGGACAUAAGAAGAUAAUUGAAAAUGAACUGGAAGGCUUUGGCAUUCGCUUGAACAGCAAACCCCCCAACAUUGGCUUUAAGAAGAAGGAUAAGGGAGGCAUUAAUCUUACAGCCACUUGCCCUCAGAGUGAGCUGGAUGCUGAAACUGUGAAGAGCAUUCUGGCUGAAUACAAAAUUCAUAAUGCUGAUGUGACUUUGCGUAGUGAUGCCACAGCAGAUGACCUCAUUGAUGUGGUGGAAGGAAACAGAGUUUAUAUCCCCUGUAUCUAUGUGUUAAAUAAGAUUGAUCAGAUCUCCAUUGAGGAAUUGGAUAUCAUCUACAAGGUACCUCACUGUGUACCCAUCUCUGCCCAUCACCGCUGGAAUUUUGAUGACCUGUUGGAGAAGAUCUGGGACUAUCUGAAACUAGUGAGGAUUUACACCAAACCCAAAGGCCAGUUGCCAGAUUAUACAUCCCCAGUGGUGCUACCUUACUCCAGGACCACAGUGGAGGAUUUCUGCAUGAAGAUUCACAAAAAUCUUAUUAAAGAAUUUAAGUACGCUCUGGUCUGGGGUCUCUCUGUGAAACACAAUCCUCAAAAAGUGGGUAAAGACCAUACGUUGGAGGACGAGGAUGUCAUUCAGAUUGUGAAGAAGUGAAACCUUCCCCUUUCCCCAUCUGCUGGGCCAACCACUGCAGCUUUCCCCAGGACCAAGCACCCCACCCAAGCCCCUUCUGGCUUUGGCAGGCAUUGGAUCAGGAUUCAGGGGAGGGAGGUGGAAGCACCCAAACUGGAACUUUACUUGUCAUAAUUUGGUGUCACCUUGUAUGUUGAACUGCAUAAAGGACCUGGUAGGGCA